AUGAGCGGUUAUCACUCUUUACGAAUAACCGCAAAUGUGUGGAAGCUUGCUUCCUCCCGAAUGGAGUGUGCUCCGCAGUUGCCGUGUCUAUUAUGCGCUCAAGAGGAACAUAUUCACUUUUUCUUGAUUCAUUCGGUUUUUUCUCUUGGCGAUAUUAAGUCUACGUUUUGCUGGUGGAAGAACUUUUUUUCAAAUUGGUGCGAUGAAAUUGGAUCAUCAAAAGCUGGCGCUGUCGUUUGGGAAGUAAACAAGAUAUAUACUUCUAAUGGCCGAAGGGGCAAUGUCGGUGGUAGGUGGAUCCUGGUUUUUGAGAGUGUUCUAAAGGAAAAAUUUGGUGGAGGAGAUUCUAGUUACAACCAGAAUAAGAGGAUUAAACUGAUAUUCUUAAGUGAUAUUGAAGUACAUAAAUUAUCAUUAUCGCUGCCAAAACAUAAAAAGUCACCAUAA